GCUCAUCCUCUCUCCCAUCCACAGCCUCAAACUUCCUUCAUCUUUCUGAAUAGAAAUCCAAUUCUGUGAAUCGGCUUCUCUCCUCUAUUCCAUCUACUCCAAAUACCACCCAUACAUCUUCGCUCUUCCAAUCCCUCAACAUGAGUGGUCCAGUCGGCGAUUUCGGCCUCAUUGGCCUGGCUGUCAUGGGACAGAACCUGAUCCUCAAUGCUGCCGAUAACGGAUUCACCGUUGUGGCCUUCAACCGUACCGUCACCAAGGUCGACCACUUCCUCGAGAACGAGGCCAAGGGAAAGUCAAUCGUCGGUGCUCACUCCAUCGAGGAGUUCUGCUCCAAGCUCAAGUCUCCCCGCCGCAUCAUGCUCCUCGUCAUGGCCGGCAAGCCCGUCGAUGACUUCAUCGAGACUCUCCUCCCCCACCUCGAGAAGGGCGACAUCAUCAUUGAUGGCGGCAACUCGCAUUUCCCAGACACCACCCGCCGCACAAAGUACCUCGACUCCAAGGGAAUCCGCUUCGUCGGCAGCGGUGUCUCUGGUGGCGAGGAAGGUGCCCGCUACGGCCCCUCGCUGAUGCCCGGUGGUAACGAGGAGGCGUGGCCUUACAUCAAGGACGUCUUCCAGGCCAUUGCUGCCAAGUCUGAUGGCGAGCCUUGCUGCGAGUGGGUUGGUGAUGAGGGUGCUGGCCACUACGUCAAGAUGGUCCACAACGGUAUCGAGUACGGUGACAUGCAGUUGAUCUGCGAGGCCUACGAUAUCAUGAAGCGCGCUCUUGGCAUGUCGAACAAGGAGAUCGGUGACGUUUUCACCACCUGGAACAAGGGCGUCCUCGACUCCUUCCUGAUCGAGAUCACCCGCGACAUCAUGUACUUCAACGACGAGACCGACGGCCAGCCCCUCCUCGAGAAGAUCCUCGAUUCCGCUGGCCAGAAGGGAACCGGCAAGUGGACCGCUAUCAACGCGCUCGACCUCGGCAUGCCCGUCACCCUGAUCGCCGAGUCCGUCCUCGCCCGCUGCCUCUCCUCCAUCAAGGGCGAGCGCACCCGCGCGUCCGAGAAGCUGCAGUUCGUCGGCCGCUCGACCAAGUUCGAGGGCAACAAGGAGCAGUUCCUCGCCGAUCUCGAGCAGGCCCUCUACGCCUCCAAGAUCAUCUCCUACGCCCAGGGCUUCAUGCUCAUGCAGGAGGCCGCCAAGGAGUACAAGUGGAAGCUCAACAAGCCAUCCAUCGCCCUCAUGUGGCGCGGUGGAUGCAUCAUCCGCUCCGUCUUCCUCAAGGAUAUCACCGAGGCCUACCGCUCUAACCCGGAGCUCGAGAACCUCCUCUUCUCGGACUUCUUCAACAAGGCUAUCCACACUGCCCAGCCCGGAUGGAGAGACGUCGUCUCCAAGACCGCGCUUCUUGGUAUCCCAACCCCUUGCUUCAGCACCGCGCUGUCCUGGUUCGAUGGUUACCGCACUAAGGAUCUUCCCGCCAACCUGCUCCAGGCCCAGCGUGAUUACUUUGGUGCCCACACCUUCAAGAUGAAGCCCGAGGCCGCGAACGAGAAGUACCCCGCUGACACCAACAUCCACGUUAACUGGACUGGACGUGGAGGAAACGUGUCGGCGUCGACAUACCAGGCUUAGAGGGGUUUGCUUGCUUGGUAGGGUGACUUUUUAAGUCGGUUAAUGGGGAAAGGAGGCAAAAGUAUUAUGCCUUCUGGAGAAAAAGAGAGAUGGAAAAAGGUCGAAAAUUAGAUUCUGAAUGAAGAUCGUGGUAAGGGUAGUGUGGAGGCGGACUAAGUUUGAUAGAACUUUUUUUUUAUCUUGAAUUGAAUCAAAUUGAAUGCAAUGCAAUUGAAUUCCUUUGGAUGUGAGAUGUCUUCUCCGUGAUGCGUGAAGUUGUGUGUGGACUGGAUAGGUGAUAGAAAGAGGCCGAGUGUGGGCGAUCACCCAUCUCACUUUAUUUAUGGAGACUGUUGAUGAAAUAGUUAAAUAUAGCUGGUCGUUCUUUCCCCUUUGGAUAUUUCAAUAGGGAAAGAACGAACAACAGGCUCCAGAAGGAAGGAACGACCGAACUAACUAAGGAAGGAAAACGACUAUCUCUUGGAGGGAGGGCACGACCGGUUAACUAGGGAAGGAGCGACCAACUAUUGAGGGAAGGCACGACCGUGUAAAAGGGAAGGAACGACCAACUACUGAGGGAAGGUGCUACCCUUGAAAUAUUUUGAUGGGGAAGGAACGAC